ACGUGGCCGCUGCCUGUCCACCAAUGGUCAAGAGAAUGACCGGGUCCUGUACCACAAAUUGGAGGGGUUACAUCGUAUCAGCACGGGCCCAAUCACAGCUUUGAGAGAAGACGGGAGAAUCUUCAGAAAGAGGGGCCUCCAGUGCACGUGUGUUUGUAGUAGAUAAGAUUUUGUUUGGUCUUUAUGCUUAAUAUUUAGGUAAGAGGGAAUUUUUAGGAGGGGGAAAGUGUGGCCAAUUCGAGGCAACAAUGGAUGCGUCUCCAAAUCCCCAGACAAAGACAGUUGGAAACAUUCCGUCUCCGUCAGCAGCCAACUUGGCCACGUUGCAGUCCUACAGGCCGCUGGUGAACGAUGUUUACGCGCCACCCUCCUUGGGAUUCACACAGGGAUCCAGCAGCAGCCAGGUACCCCAGAGUAAGUAUUCAGAGCUGCUGGCCAUCAUCGAGGAGCUAGGGAAGGAGAUCCGGCCCACCUACGCCGGCAGCAAGAGUGCCAUGGAGAGAAUAAAACGAGGUAUCAUCCAUGCCAGGGGACUGGUGCGGGAGUGCUUGGCAGAGACUGAGAGAAAUGCCAGGUCCUAGCUACAGAAGCACUACCCUCUCCUGUAGAAGAACCAAUACUCUCACUCACCAUGUCAAAGACCACUGCAUGGCACAUCCUCUAAAAAGAGGAAUGGAAAACAAAAUAAGGGAUGGUUAAAAAGGUCAAGAAAAUGUUUCUGAAAGGUUAAGAUUUGAGAAAAGGAGGGAAAGGGGACACUAGAAUAGAAUUCAGAAUUCAACGGAUUUGGUUUUUCUUCAUGCCCCGUUUUGGGGUCACAGUUUCCUGACUUCAUAUUUAAAAUUAAUAGUAAUUUUUGCAUGCAAACGUAUGGGUCCAUCAUGGCCUUCAGUUAAUUGUAGACAUUGCAUGGCCUGUACCGGAUUAGACUAGGAGAGGAACACUUUUUGGUAGAUGUUGGUCUGAAUUCCAGACCCUUAAUGGUUGAACAAGUGAAGGACAGAAAUGUGCCAAAUACAUUGGUUCAUUCAUGUUGAGGUUCUUUUUUGGGAUCAAUAAUGAAAAUGCUGUUACUUGCAUCUUUGUAUGUAUUUAUUACUUGUGUAAUAAAAUGUAUUUUCAAUACAAA